ACUCUUGACGUAGCAUUGGCAUUCAUACACGGCCAAAGUUACCUGUGCGUGGCGAAUCGAUUGAAAUUAUGUUCUAGAGUUUUCUGCAUGGUGAAGCAGUCCAGAGGUUUGAUUUAGAAGUUGGAUGAAGCAGUGAUUCCACUUAUCUCGACAAAGAUAUUGCCCAGCACCUGCUCUAUGGACACGAAGAGAAUCACAAGAGGAUUAUUUUUAGUGGUUUUCGUCGUCCUGGUAAUUUUUUCUUUCCAGGUCGCUGGCAGGACAUGCUUUCUAUGUGACUCUCGCAAUGAGCCGUGUUCAGAAGAUUCAGUCAAUGGUACGAGAACGGCGACGUGCUCUGAAGGAAACGAAUUCUGUGAAGUUGUCAAGGAUGGAAGACAUGGAGAGACACGAUUUUACAGGGACUGUGUCAACAAAUGCGACAAGGAAUUUGUCAACUGGGAGAAAGAUGGCGAAGAAUAUUGCAAAAUGUGCUGUGAUAACGACCUCUGUAACGUUGGACGUUGUGGGUCCCCUGUGGCACUUACUUUGAGUGGUACACUGAUUGUCCUUAAUGCAAUCGUUGCAUUUCGAUGCAUGUUUGUAUUUGCAUAAUGCCAGCUGCAACAGCCAGAGGCAUAGACACAUUUAUCAUUGAAAGCUACUAUUCGUAACAGAACGACGUGAACUUAAAAUGGUAUGAAAGCUUUCUCUUUCAAAAGAAAAAAAAAAGAAAGACUAUUAUUAUAUAAACUGUAUGUUUCCCUGAGAAAAGCUGUAACAGCACACGUGUGAAAACGACAUAUUUUAUUCACGUGUGUUUGACAUCGUCAAUCAGCUGCUGACACGUCACUCGCCUUUCGUGCCACUCUGUCAUUUUGACGAAUGAAUGGCAAGGCGUUCACCAUUCUCAAUCCAAGAUCGUUCGCUGACAUUUUCUCAGCUAAAAAAAACGAGUGCGAUUUUUCUUAUCGUAUUUUCGUUUUCUUCCGCUUCUAAAAUAUUUUGAAAGUCACUUUCUGAAAGCGAUGUGAAUUUCAGGACAUCCUAGAAGCGGAAGAAAACCAAAAUACGAAAAGGAAAAUCGAAAUUUACGUACUUGGGUUUGAUAGUGGCAUUUCUCGCGGCUGAGAACGAAAAUCGACAACUGUCGGUAGGGAAAAAGUCAACGCUAACAAUUUUGUAGAUUAAAAGUUCCGCACAUCGUUUGUUUUUGUAAUGAUUUAACGCAUGUUUUUUAUCUUUAGCCUUAUCACCGAAGCACUUGACGAAUUUUUUUCGCGCACUGUGGAUCCAACUUUUAUUAAUUCAUUAAUAGAGUCCAUUCAGUUUUGUCAGUAAAGGCCUAUUGUGUUAAUAUAAUAAAGAAAAA